CAUAAGUUUGGUCCUACUAACCAAACAGCUGAUUAGAAACAAUUAAAUUAAGCAACAAAUCUAUAUCAUAUAGCGGACAAUUAUGUUGUGCCGACGCUCAUUGUUGGGCGUAACGACUAGAUGCCUACGGCUUUCGUCUACGCAGCAACUCACAUCUGGUCAGCCUGAAAAUGACCUAGCCAGCGGCCUCUUGCACGCCUUCUCGGAUACAGAUAGUCAAAAGAUUCUCAAGACGAUAAAUGAAAGCGGCAUGAAUGAGCUAGCCAGCUACGACAUAUCCAAGGCGAGGGCCACGAAGCUUCAAAAUUGGAAGGACCGUCAUGGACCGCUGCAGAAACUCAGUGACAUCCUAUAUGUAGAGGGAUUCGGACUGAAGGUGACCACCAAAUUCUUUACAAGUUUGCUUGCACCAGUGAGCACUGGGAGUAUUACAGAAGACCUCCAAAUUAAGACAAAAGCUGCACGAGUCGCGCCCUUUAUAACACCGGCCAUGGACGAGGGACAGCGUUCCCGGAUAGCAUCUGCCGUAGGGGUGCGUAUCGGAGUGACCAGUGUAAGCUGGGCACGAUUGAAGAUUGGGGGCGACGAAGCUCCAUGUCUGCUCACGCACUGGCAACACCAUGAGCUGAACGACAAGAAGCUGCAUUUGUCAGAACUUUCCCGCCGCUGCCUCUAUGUCUUUCACCAGAUACCGGAUGCAGAUUGCUACGUCAUGGAGAGUCCACAAAUGGCGCAAGCCAGCAGCAACCCGGGGAGCAUCGAUCAGCAGAACGUAAACAUACAAAAGGCACAGGUGUAUGCAAUCAUGAGCUUUUCCUUGAUGGCCCGUUCAGAUAGCCACGAGAACCAAAAGAACAACGUUUACUACAUGAGACGUUUUCUCUCAGCCCGACUGUUUAAUCACCUGGUAGGUACUGAGCGCGUGUCCUCUGAGGACACGAUAUUGGCCAUGAUGCGGACACAUUACAACGUGGAACAUCAGAUCCCCGAAACAGAGUCCUCAAUAAAUCUGCACAAACAGGUCCACUUUCCCGCUGACCUACGCCAUCUAUUUUCGCAGCAAGAGCGCUACCAGCGCGAACUUUUAGGCCAGGCACUUCUUCUCAGCUUAGCUUUUACUCGUCUCGUGCUUCAACAAGAUCCGCAAAGUAUCGCAUCGGUGGCGCGCAACUCCAAAGACUCCACUCAAAGCCGGACCUCUUGAAAAGCUAUAAGUACUUUUCCAUUGCAACUUUGUAAUUUAAUAAACAACAAAUGUUGCGCUCUGCGGAAAAUGUAACACAAUUUUCAGGAAAAGGCCUGCAAAAAGCUACAAGUAGUGGAGGCCGUUUUGCCAUUUGCAAUAAUUUUGCAUUAUAAUAAACCAAUGCAAAAUUAUGAAGUUCUUUUAUUAGUAUAAUGUACCAUAAUUUUUAGUCAUUAUAUUUAAGACGGGUUUAAUAGCAGCAGUUUCUAUGGUCAUUAAAAGUAGAUUAUUUGGAGCUAGGCCCCCACUCAGCUAAACGCUACCUGUCUUUGUGUAGUCUCUUUGUGAGUUCAGUAUGAGGACUUUUUGCCAUCAAAAUCAUUCUUUCCCUUUCCUUGCCAUUUCAUAAAAUAUAUUAAAAAUAGUCAUUUAACUAAAAUAAAGAAAAUGUCGAGGCUUUCCAUAUCCGUAUGAACGUCGAAAUUCGAAACUACAUGUAAAACCUGGAAAAAAUAAGUAUAUUAAUAAUUUGGAUUUUUCUACACCGGCGCCUGCCAAAACUAAAUAAGACAAAUCUUAGAUUCGCAGUAGUUAUAAUGUAUUAAAUUAAAAAAGAAAAAAUUAAAUUACGAAUUCAGUUAGGUGGAAUACAGAAAAUACUUAAUAUUA